GCCGAAGACCCCAGCGAUGGUCAGUAUUACUGAUCAACAGGGCCGUCGAGCCGAGCUCCCGGUGACUGGCGACAUGGCUACAAAGAUCAACCAGGUUGUGGAGGAACUGUUCCAGAUUUGUGAUACCCCCAAGAGAGCCAGGCUGUCCUGGAUAAAAGACUACUUCCUAACUAUGCAAGCUGACAAUACCACACUCAGGGCCCUGACCCAGGAAGUAGUGAAAAAGAGGUUCGAGAGCCGGAAAAGGUCCUCGAGGAAGCACUUUGGUGAGGCCCGGGUACUGACUGUGGAAGACAUCCGGGCUCGCAUAAGUGAAAGACCCCCAUUGUUUUCUGGCCAUGGCACUGUCGUCGGCUUGUGA